AUGCAGCGGCCUGGGGAGCCCGGCGCCGCGCGCUUCGGGCCGCCCGAGGGCUGCGCCGACCACCCGCCGCACCGCUACCGCAGCUUCAUGAUCGAGGAGAUCCUCACCGAGCCGCCGGGGCCCAAGGGCGCCGCGCCCGCCGCCGCCGCCGCCGCCGCCGCGGGCGAGCUGCUCAAGUUCGGCGUGCAGGCGCUGCUGGCGGCGCGGCCCUUCCACAGCCACCUGGCCGUGCUGAAGGCCGAGCAGGCAGCGGUGUUUAAGUUCCCGCUGGCGCCGCUGGGAUGCUCGGGGCUGGGCUCAGCGUUACUGGCCGCAGGGCCUGGACUGCCCGGCGCCCCUGGCACACCGCACCUGCCGCUUGAGCUGCAGCUCCGUGGGAAGCUGGAGACGCCCGGCACCGGGGAGCCGGGCACCAAGGCCAAGAAGGGGCGUCGGAGCCGCACAGUGUUCACCGAGCUGCAGCUGAUGGGCCUAGAGAAACGCUUCGAGAAGCAGAAGUACCUCUCCACCCCCGACAGAAUAGAUCUCGCGGAAUCCCUGGGCCUGAGUCAGUUGCAGGUGAAGACGUGGUACCAGAAUCGGAGGAUGAAGUGGAAGAAAAUAGUGCUGCAGGGCGGCGGCCUGGAGUCUCCCACCAAGCCCAAGGGGAGGCCCAAGAAGAACUCCAUUCCCACGAGUGAGCAACUCACGGAGCAGGAGCGCGCCAAGGAGGCGGAGAGGCCGGCGGAGGCGCCAGGCGAGAUCAUCGACAGGAGCCGCGAGGACUGAGCGUGCAAAGCGGCGAGCCGGGACCCCCGCGCUGCCGAGGCCCCCUCCGCGCGCGGGAAGCCGCGAAUAGGCCCUUCUGCGGCCCCGCCAUUUGCUUUCUCAACGUUUCAUUAUUACCUUGAAUGCGGACAGUUAGGGGCCAAGAAAGGACACAGACCCUGCAGCCAAGCCCGGCCCCAGUGCGCUCCCCGGCCCGUGCCUGGAGACUCGCGUCUGGCGCGUGGCACGCCUGGGCCCGGAGCUCCGCGCGCAUUCACGCCCCGCUCCUCUCCCGCACCCCCACCGGCCUCGGCCGGCCCCCCCCGCGUCCGGACGCCGCCGGCACACACCCGCUUCCGCGCGUCGGGGACUCAGCGGCCCGGCGCAGGCCACCACGGCCCGAUAGGGCGCGCGGACAGCCCGGUGGCUCUACCCUGAGGCCGGGUCCCCGACGUCGCUGGGGCUCCUACCCCUCUCUUGCGAAGACAGUGAUUUUUUUCCAAUAAAAUAUUUUAU